UACAUAAAUAAAUGGCGGGAACUAUGACGUGUAAUAUGUAUUUUACCCGCCUUCCUCCUCCUUAUUAACCCACACCGCCCCGCCAUUUCUCCGAUGGCCUGCGCACUCUAGUGCCAAUCAAUCAAACGAUCACUCUUUUCUAUUCAAAAUCCUGGUCAAUUAAUUUAGGGUUAGGGUUUUUUAUUUGCAAAUAACAGCCAAAUGGGAAAAAAUGUCACUGAAGAUCUGCUCUCCACCGUCCGAUCUAUCGUAGGCUGUGACUUCUCCGACAUGGAUAUUAUCAGAGCUCUCCACAUGGCAAAACACGACCCUACUGCUGCUAUCAACAUUAUUUUCGACACCCCGAGUUUCAAUUCCAAGUUUAAACUCCAAACCCAAAAAACCCCAAAUUCAACCAAAUAUAAACAGGCCCCUGAUAAGCCGAAAUUGGUAGAUAAAGAAAAUGGGAAUCGUAAUUCGGGUGAAAAUUUGGAUGUUACUUACAGGGGAACUAGUGAGGGAAAUGGUAGCCUUGAGAAUCCAGGGCUUUCGGAUUCUGUUGGAUGUGAGUGGUGGUACGUGGGUAAUAGUUAUGUGGCAGGGCUGUCAACGUGUAAAGGUAGGAAAUUGAGGGCUGGCGAUGAAGUUAUAUUCACAUUUCCACUGAAGAAUAAUAGUUCAAGUUCGCCUUACCCUGGGAAAGUUUUUGGGAAAGGAAGGCAAGCUGCUGCAGCUUGUUCAGGGAUUGUGAGGUUUUCCACUAGAGAUAGUGAAGAGGUUGGCCGGAUACCUCAUGAGUGGGCUAGGUGUCUUUUGCCUCUGGUGAGAGAUAAGAAGGUUAGAGUCGAGGGGUGCUGUAAAUCAGCUCCUGAUGUACUUGGGAUAAUGGAUACGAUUCUUUUGUCAAUAAGUGUGUACAUUAACAGUGCCUUGUUCCACAAGAACCAGCAGACCUCACUUAAGGCAGCCAGCAAUUCAACUGAGGAAACAAUUGUUCACCCUUUACCAAAUUUGUUCCGGUUGCUUGGAUUGACCCCUUUUAAGAAGGCAGAAUUUGCACCUGCUGAUUUGUAUACAAGGAAACGGCCUUUAAACUCAAAGGAUGGAUCUGGUAUUCGGACAUCACUAUUACAUGUUAACAACUCUAUGAAUCAACCAAAAAAUGGAAAUGAAGUUGAAAAUGAGGAGCCCAUUUCGGAUGCUGAGCUUGACAAUAUUGUCGGUGUUGGGGAUUACUCUGAGUUAGAGGAAAUGGAUCCUCCUAGUACACUUCUGUGUGAACUUCGACCCUACCAAAAGCAGGUGCUACAUUGGAUGCUUCAACUGGAGAAGGGAAAAUGCUUGGAUGAGGGAGCAACAACUCUUCAUCCGUGUUGGGAGGCCUAUCAUCUGGCAGACAAGAGGGAGCUAGUUAUCUAUUUGAACACGUUUACAGGCGAUGCUACAGUAGAAUUUCCAAGCACACUUCAAAUGGCCAGGGGAGGAAUUCUGGCGGAUGCUAUGGGACUUGGUAAGACCAUCAUGACCAUAGCCCUUCUACUUGCUCAUUCACAAAGGGAUGGGCCAUUAAGUAGUCGAUCUGUGAGUCAGCUUUCUAGUGAAAUCGUUGAGGCCAAUGAUAUUUCAGAUCAGUUGCCAAAUCAACCAAAAAAGGCUACAAAAUUUUCAGGCUUUGUUAAGUCGAUGGAGCAAAAGAAGGUUCUUGUAAAUGGUGGCAAUCUGAUAGUAUGUCCCAUGACUCUAUUGGGCCAAUGGAAGGCUGAGAUAGAAACUCAUGCACAACCUGGUUCUUUGUCUAUAUAUGUUCACUAUGGACAAAGUAGAGCAAAGGAUGCGAAACUUCUGGCCCAGAAUGAUGUUGUAAUAACUACAUAUGGAGUAUUAACUUCGGAGUUUACAGCAGAGGAUAUGGAGGAGAAUGGGGGAAUUCACUCAGUUCGGUGGUUUAGAGUGAUUCUUGAUGAGGCACAUACCAUAAAAUCUUCAAAAAGUCAAAUUUCAAUUGCUGCUGCUGCUCUGGUUGCUAACUGUCGCUGGUGCCUCACUGGCACACCUAUUCAGAAUAGCUUGGAAGACAUCUACAGCCUUCUUCGGUUUUUGAAGGUGGAGCCUUGGGAAAAUUGGGCAUGGUGGAAUAAACUUGUCCAGAAACCAUUUGAGGAGGGUGAUGAGAGAGGACUGAGGUUGGUCCAGACCAUUCUGAAGCCAAUCAUGUUAAGGAGAACAAAAUCUAGUACAGAUCGAGAAGGCAGGCCAAUUCUAGUUCUUCCUCCUGCAGAUACUCAAGUGAUUUACUGUGAACUGACAGAAGCUGAAAGAGAUUUCUAUGAGGCAUUGUUUAAAAGAUCGAAGGUGAAGUUUGAUCAGUUUGUAGAGCAAGGACGGGUUCUUCAUAAUUAUGCUUCUAUAUUGGAGUUGCUUUUACGUCUUCGUCAAUGCUGUGAUCAUCCAUUUCUUGUGAUGAGUCGAGGUGAUACACAAGAAUAUUCUGAUCUAAACAAGCUAGCUAAACGCUUCCUUAAAGGUGGCCAGAAUGUCCUGGAAGGAGAAGUCAGAGAUGUUCCUUCACGGGCAUAUGUUCAAGAGGUUGUGGAAGAGUUGCGCAAGGGGGAACAGGGAGAGUGUCCAAUAUGUCUUGAAGCAUUUGAAGAUGCAGUAUUGACACCUUGUGCUCACCGCUUAUGCCGAGAAUGUCUCUUGGCAAGCUGGCGAAAUUCGAGUUCUGGUUUAUGUCCUGUUUGUAGGAAAACCAUCACUAGGCAAGAGCUUAUUACAGCUCCAACUGACAGUAGGUUUCAGAUUGAUAUUGAGAAAAAUUGGGUGGAAUCAACCAAAGUUGUUGCUCUCUUGAAAGAGCUUGAGAAGCUUCGUUCAUCAGGCUCUAAGAGCAUUCUCUUCAGCCAAUGGACUUCCUUUCUGGAUCUCUUACAAAUUCCCCUUUCUAGGAGUAGCGUUUCAUUUCUGCGUCUGGAUGGGACUUUAAACCAGCAGCAGCGGGAAAGGGUUAUAAAACAGUUUUCGGAAGAUGAGAACGUCUCGGUCUUACUGAUGUCGUUGAAGGCUGGAGGUGUUGGAAUAAAUCUAACAGCAGCUUCCAAUGCCUUUGUCAUGGAUCCUUGGUGGAAUCCAGCUGUAGAGGAACAAGCUGUCAUGCGGAUUCAUCGCAUUGGUCAAACAAAACAAGUCAUGAUCAAGCGGUUCAUUGUAAAGGGAACGGUUGAGGAAAGAAUGGAGGCAGUGCAAGCACGCAAGCAACGGAUGAUAGCUGGUGCCUUGACCGACCAAGAAGUUAGAACAGCACGUAUUGAGGAGCUGAAAAUGCUUUUUACAUAGAUGACUGCUGCGAAUGGAGGUUUUUUGCUGGUUCGCAAUUGGUAAUUCUCGUUUGCUUUUUGAAUUCCUGGAAUCAAGAAAUUUAGAUAGCAACAGAAGGAAGUUGAUUUUUCCAUGGCACCCAGGUUUUUUCAUUGAGCUUCUGCAUGUUAAAGGAUGAUAAUUAGUGUUGAAUCUUCUCUGAUUAUUCAUGUACCUAUCAAAAAUCAGGGCAGACUCUUGAAUAGAACCAUCUGUGUAUAUAAUAUAUACGAAGAAGAUUUUGUAGUAGUUAAGCAUAUCAAUUUAGGAUUACAGUAUUAGUGUAGAAGCUCCUGUUUGCAUUAUUAUUUUUUCUGUACAAGGGAAAUUAGUUUUUAGUCAUUUAUUUAUAUAUUUGCUCAUUCUUUUUUA